AUGGCAGCGCCCUCUAUUGGCCAUCCGCCACUGGUAGGGACUUUGACUAGCACAAACUCUGAUCAGGAACUCUACACGUCGUCUGGACUCACAGUUCCGGGUGAAGCCUCGGAGACGGAAAGCGAGGACGAGGAAGUAAAACCCACCGCCUUCCUGCACCAUCUGCCCCCUCUGAGUGUCGAUCGUCAUGACGACGCGUCCGUCACUCGGCAGAGCCCGACCUCGCCCGUGCAUACGUCUGCGUCUGCACCCGGCAGUCACGUUAACUCGCUGCUUCAGCAGAAACUGCAGGAGAGUAACGCACGUCUGUGUGCCGACGUGAGUCAGAGUGUCCGGCAGGUUUAUCACGCGGCAACCAGAGACGUCAAAGCGGCCACGUCUCACCUGAGCCACUCCCAGAGCGUCAUCAUCGCCGCCUCGCACGCUGUCCGUGUCGCCAUGGACGACCUCCGAGCCGUGUGCGACAAAAUCGACAUUAUCACCAGCUGCCGCUUGCUGCCCGACAUCGCCAUGACAACGCCCUCAGCGUCCACGGUGCCCUCCGCCGAUCCUCUUUAAACACGAAUCCUGCUGCCAUGUGGACAU